ACUGCGCCACUGAGCUCUACAAAGGCUCGGCGACAUUACUGCACAUCAGGAUUUAAGUUAAUCUGUCUCGAGCGUUGUGUGUGAGACUUUCCACACUCUCUGGGUCUUGAUUAAAGACUGUAAUCUGUCAACAGCUGGCCCGUCAUGCAGAAACAGGGCAUCUAAAGUUAAAAGUCUACCUUUCACGUUGAAGCUCAGGAAGCGCUAUAACAGCUGCUCGGUGCUGUGGACAGCGCGCACAUGAAGCAUCAGGGACAGAUAACCUGAGGGAGCCCAGCCACCCAUCUGAGAUUCGGCUUCUCCACGAGAGCGCACCAAUGACCCCGCUCUCUGGAAAAAUAGCGGUCAAUGAUCGAAGUCUGACGCGGAGCUUUAUUUUUACGCAUUUCUAGUUACAUUCGAGCCUGGCGUGUAAUUCCUCCGCCUGCGCAGUUCAACAGCAAGAUCACAGACGGGCAGACGUAAAACAGACCCGAGAUUGAUUGUGAUGAACGAGAAGCAACAAAAUUGCCCUGUAUCGAGGGUUUAUGUGGGAAGACGUGGCGCGCAUCUGGGAAGUAACCUUAGCAACCGGAGAAUCCUGAACCCUGCAUCGUUGCUUUACGUAGAAGCAUUAUUUCAUCGCUGACGUCCCAUUUUCAGAACCUUGGACAACGACGAGCACGUUCCACAGUGCGACACGCUGAGGAAAAAGAGGAUACUCGACGAAUAUUUAUAUAUUUACCUAUUCUUCUUCUUCUAUAUCUACAUUUAUCACAGCGAGGAAGACGGAUUGAUUAAUUCUGUAUCUAAAGACCCCGUAAUAAUCAAGGCAACAUGGGAACUGUACUCUCAGUCUCCCCGAGCUACCGAAAGGCAGGCCUGUUUGAUGAAAUACCACCCCCUCUGGCACAUUAUACAGCUGUGCAGAACAGUAAAAACGCCAAGGACAAGAGCUUGAAGCGUCAGUCGCUCAUCAAUGUCCUGCCAUGGAAGCGCAUCGUGGCAGCUUCGGCCAAGAGAAAAGGUUCUAAGAAGCUGGCCUCUGGGGACAGUCAAGAUGAAGAGAGCGUGGGCACCCUCAACAGCCAAAACCUGAAGAAGUCCCAGUCUUGUGCCAACCUCUCCGGCUUCACCCAGGAGCCGGCCGUGAGCUCCAUUCCCACCUCCAAAACCACCGCCAAUGUGGCCUCCACUGCGAAGAGGACCUCCAUCACUGGAUCGGUGGGCCAGGCGACCAACGCGGGCACACCCAAACGAGUGAUCGUGCAGGCCUCCACCAGCGAGCUCUUAAGGAGCCUGGGCGAGUUCUUGUGUCGCCGCUGCUACCGUCUGAAGCGCCUCUCACCCGCCGACCCCGUCCUGUGGCUGCGUAGCGUGGACCGUUCCCUUCUGCUGCAGGGCUGGCAGGACCAGGGCUUCAUCACCCCCGCGAACGUGGUCUUCCUCUACAUGCUCUGCCGUGAGGUCAUUUCGGCCGAGGUGUCCAGUGAGCGCGAGCUACAGGCCGAGCUGCUCACUUGCCUCUACCUGUCCUACUCCUACAUGGGAAACGAGAUUUCAUACCCGCUCAAGCCCUUCCUGGUGGAGACGGAUAAGGAUGCCUUCUGGAAUCGCAGUCUGGCGAUCAUCAACCGCAUGAGUAGCAAAAUGCUCCAGCUUAACUCUGACCCGCACUACUUCACGCAGGUUUUCGCUGACCUGAAAAACGAAAGUCAAAAGGAGGAGGAGAGCCGGCUGCUUAUAGGCCUGGAUCGAUAAGUAAGGCGUUGGUGCAUAAACAGAAAAAGAAUGUGCAUAAAAAGUUUGUGCACACACACAAAAAAACAUUGUUUUCUUUGUUUUGUUUUUUUUACAAAAAACACUUUAGUGUCAUUAGUAUUAAAAAGCUUCAGAGCAUAGUUUUGAAGCUUAUUUGUAGCAAUGAAUGCGACUAGAAGGAAUAGUUCACCUAUAAAUAAGAAUGUGUACUUUUUACUCAUCCUCAGGCCACCCAAGAUGAGUUGAGUUUGUCUCACUCGCUCACUAAUAGAUCAUCUGCAGUGAAUGGGUGCUGUCGUAAUUUUUUAUUUAAUUUAUUUUUAUUUGUCCAGGAAAAGACAAUUAAUUACUGAGAUUAAAAGAAAUCUCUUCUUCCAGGAAGUCCUGGCCAAUAUGGCAGCGCAAAAUAAAAUUCACAUAAACGUAAAAGUAACAUACCAAAAAACAAAGAAUAAUACACAAAUAAAGCAAAACGAUAAUCAUAACUAAACAUUUUAAUUAAAACAGAUUUUUUUUUAAAUAAUAUUCAAAGAAAGAAUUGCUUCUAGUGGAGUAUUGAUCUGAAAAUCAUUCCACAACCAAGGAUCAAAGUAAGAAAAGCAGAUUUUCCAUGUUCACCCCAGGUACUUCUAAUUAAAUCCCAAUUGAAGAUCUGGUUGAGUAGUUAUUUCUACACAAACUUAAAAGCUUACUAAUAUACUUUAGAGGCAUACCCCGCAAUGAGAGCCCAAACAGCUGAUGAAGACAUCCACAAGACUCUAUCAAUUAUAAGGUCUAUCAAUGAAUGUCUUUUGAAGUAAAAAGCUGUCUGUUUGUAUUAAAAAGGAGUUUAAUCUAAUAUAUGAGUCUUCUAUUCAUGUUAUUGCUUUCACCAGAGAAGUGCGGACCAAUAAAGCGCCGUUUGCAAACAAAAACUGUUCAAAACCAACGGCACCCGUUCACUGCAGAAGAUUUAUUAGUGAUGCUAAAUUUCUCCAAAUCUGUUUUGAUGCACAAACAAAUUCAUCUACAUCUUGGAUGGUGUGAUAGUGAGUAAAUGUUCAAGAAAUUCUUAUUUUUUAGUGAACUAUUCCUUUAAGGUCUGACCAAGACGCAGGACGACACCUUGCCAGCCAACAAGGUGUUCAUUGACGGGUCGCGUGGCGUUCCUGAGGUCAACGAAUCAACUGCAGGAUAAACCGACCGUGCAGCAUGUCGACCUUUCCAAGUGAUUCCAUCCACACACAAACACGAGCAGCAGUCUUUAUGACUCCCAAUAAAAAAUGCUUCUUGACUCUUGACUGAAUUGAAAAGCAAUCCUUACAGCUUGCCGUGCUCACAACAGACUGAGUAGUUUGAAAACGAGAGCCGAGUUAGCGACACUUUCAAAAUUGUACAAACCAAAGACUCUAGUUUGACCUUCUGCGAUUUCUACAUUCACAUAAAUCCUACACAUUGAGGAAGUGAUAUAUAUAUGAGGACCGUGAACUGCUGCUCUUGCAUGGCAUCACGUUUUCAACUUGUUACGUUUGUUUAGCAUAUCUUAGUGGCCUUUAAAGAAGGUCUGGGUCUUAAACUGCUGCAGGUUCGAGGCCAUUUGUUGAGGUGGUCUGUCCAAACAUACAUCAGUUGUUGUUGUUAAUGACAUUCUAUAUUAAGGAAAUUUAUUGUUCUUUACGAGCUAAAAUGAUUCACAAUUUGUGAUGAAGAAACGACCGCACCGCUUCCAACUUUCAUUCUGAGAAGGAGACUUGUUUUCCAAGUUGCGCUACCUAUCGUCAUUAUUGAAAAGAACUGAAAUGUCUAAUAGGGAACAAACAAACGGAGAGGUAGAUAUUUUAUGUAUUUUCAACAGCAAGUACUGUAUGUUCUUAUACGGGUGUUAAUGCAUGCUUCUUUGACCGACCACACACUUUUUAAAAGAUCUUUGUUUAUGAUUUGAUGGUCACAAUUUUUGUAUGAUGUUCUUUUGGACGGUGUUCCAAAACUAAUGUGCCAUAAAGACAUAAAAGUUAUAAAAGUCAGCUAGAAGUACACUAAGUUUUUGUAGCCUUCUCAUUAGGAAAGGGAUAUUUUUGAAGGGGCAGAGGAGAAGGGGCAUUAUAGAAAGACUUGAGUAGGAGACAUACAAUGUCACAAAUAUUUUGUUAAAAAAGAAAGGGAAAAAUGCUUGUAUUGUUGAAAAUCGCAAUCGUUUUCCAUCCAUUAUAAUGUCCAGAAUACUAUUUUCAUAAUUAUGCUUGCAUACGAAACCCUACAGUUAUUUUAAAUACACAAAAGCCCUAUAUCAGAUACAAGAAACUCUGAAAAACAUAAUAGUGCAAGAGUCACAUGCUAAAAAAGUAACCGUUACUAUUUAGCUUAGAAAAGGCCUGUUAAAAGAAAGCACUUACAAAAAUGAUACAUAUUAAUUUUGCCCAAAAACACUCCUUUUUAGUCUUCUUUUUUUCCAGCAAUGUGUGCGCUCUCACGUAUCUGAGAGAGAGUAUUAACAAAUUUGAGAACACAGUUGGUUUGAUUUCACUUCCGUAAUUGGACACACGCUACAAACCAGUGUUAAUAGUAGAUUGGUUGCUGAUGAGAUGUUUUAAAGUGAUGUAAUCAGUAAUCAUCCUGAGAACAAGGUGCAGUCGUUCCUGUGAAUGAGAGAUUUUCAUCAGCAUUUUCUCGAUGCGUUGUUCACUCAUUGUUCAAGCUUAUAUGACUUGAGGACAAGCGCACCAUUUUGUUAAAGGUGAUGAAGGAGGUACUUUAAAGCAGUUCACGGGUAUAAUAUUAACAUUUGCAAAGGGGUUCAAUAGAUAUUUGACUCUUAACAGGCCUUUGUGGAAGUGCAGCAGCUUUUCAAUAUGCAAACGAUAAGAUACUGAUGAAAUGCUAAGAAGAAUUACCUGUAGCACACAAAAGUGAUCAAAUCAACUCAGAUGGCAGGUCAUCUGUGGCCUGAUUGCACUACAUUUAGCAAUAUGCAUAUUUGAAGAUUUAAAGAUCAAUGACUAACAAAAGCUAACAGAACAUAGUCUUUAAACCCAUUUUUGUCUUUUGUAAGUUUUUUUUCAGUUGAUGUAUGAGAUCAUUUAAACACAAAGGUAUUUUCUGAUCAUUUGGUGAUAUCGUAUCUACAUUUACCCCCCCAUAUUUUGUGUCUGGCCUCAUUCUGAUGAGACUUUCUGAUGGUGCUAUUGAUGCAGAUAUCACGUUUUACCCAUAACAAGACCUUUCUCAUUGGUUAGCUGAAUGUAGUUAAGUUUUGUACGAAGGGCAAAAAGACAUUGACGCUACAACAACAAUGGCUGCAUUGGUAGAACGGGAAACAGGACGCUAUGAUAACGGACCAUAACAGAUCGGCUUGGAGAAAGGCCAUUAUUACAGCAACUCUGUUCUUGUCAUAGAUAACGAAAGAGGCAAAAUUGUGUUAUUAUGUUUUAUACAAUUUUUGUGGUUGACGUAACAUUCUUCAACAGAGAAAAAAACUGUAUAGCAACAAGAGACUGAUAUAUGAUUUUCUCUUUUCUUUAUGUUUCACGUUGUGUGAACUUCGUUGAUCAAAAUGAAACAACAAUGAGAUGUAACUAAUAUAUUUAAAGAAGCAAUCUGUUACAGUAUAUGCGUGUGUAUGAAUGUGAGUUUGUGCAAUGACUUUGGUCAACUCUUCUAUCUACUUUAUAUAAAAAUGUGCAUUUGCAAGCAAAAACAUC